GUAGCUCGAUAAGCCACCACCACGUACUACGUACAGAGCUCAUUUCCUCAGCAGAUAUUAGUAGAUACCAGUAAUAACCAGCUCCUAGGAAGUAAUAAUUCAAGGUAAUAAUAAUAAUAAGAAUAAGAAGUCGAAGAAUGCAACCAGCUACAGGCGUCUAGGUCUAGCUGAGGCCGUAUAAAAACAAGCGUCGACCACCCUGUCUUGUUGAUCCCAAACGUCUUUGUUCUCUGUCCUCUGCUUCUUUGCCACCGCAAGCACGAAUCAACUCAAACUAUAUCACCUGCCGCAAUUAGUGUCAGGUUCAACGUCAUCUAGCCCAAGUGAGUCGCUGCUUAGAACACCAGAUCGGCGUGGCCUUUAUACUGCGCACCUUCCCGUAUUCUCGAGCAGGUACAAUAUCAAAAACUAUCACUCCCUCCUUUCACAUCACAUCGAAAGAGAACGAGCUACCACCUAUUUCCCAUCGUCAUCACCGUUAUCACCAUCAUUAUCAACAUCAGCCCAGUUAUCACUAUCAACCCUAGACAGAAUUCCGCGCACAUUUUCAGUAUUUCUAGCUCGAUACCCGUCAAGGAACGAGGAUCGAACAUUGUCAUAGCCACAUCAUAACCGGCCAAUUCAGAUAUCUGAACAUCCAAAGUAUUGUAACCAUGACCAACGUCGAGCAACCUCAAUUCAACGACACCCUAGGGUCAAACUCGCCGCCGCUGGACCGCCAACGCACCAACUCACGAGAUUACACGCACACGGACGAAUGGGAUGCCUCCAAGACACCCCCAUCUCGCUUCCAGAAGCGCAAGGGCAGCAUCUACGCCACGCCCUCGUCCCGCGACGGCCACGUGGAGCGCAACCGCGACGCCGUCGAGGAGUUCCACAAGGCGCAUUCGAAGCGAUGGUCCAUCGGCAGCUCCAAGAGCGGCGGGACCGCCGCCGACCCGACUUCACCCGUCCAGCAGAGACGGAAGUCCUCUGCUAGCAACAGUGGCAACGCAGCCUAGUUCGCAAGUUGCGGUGCCCUUCUGCCUUAUGCUGACUGCCGCCACCGCGCGGUAAAAUGAGCUGCAUUAGAAGAGAAUUGGAAAAAUGAAACACAAAAUAGCCAGAAGAACUCGCCGAUUCUAUCACCCUCUUCCUUUGCGAGACACAGUUCAUUUCUGAAAGAAAGAUACAGUACACCCUCUUGAUGUUAAUUUUUUUCUUCUCUUUUCUCUUUUCUUUCCUCUCCUGAUUGCACUAUUCCAUGCUCGCGACGGAGAUAUCGGGCGAUGACGACAGGAAUACGUGGGGAAAGUGUAUUAGAGUUUCCGGAUUUGGAAUCGUGGAUAUACUAUGAUUGGAGUAUACGCGAGGGACUUGGGCAGGGGACAGACGACCACAAGAAGGAAAGAGAGAUUGUUUUCGAUGUUGCUUG